AUUAGAGUCUUUGUAGAUGUUUAUCAAACAAAGUUGAUUAAGCCACCUGAUCGGAGGAAAUGCAAAAAUUUUAAGAACGCCCUGAAGUGGUGAAUUUGGUCGAAUUGAUGUAACGGUGUGGUUUUGUUUCAAGAGCCCUGAGGAAAACGGAUCAAGUUUCGCAACAAGUAGUCAAGCAAUUCAUAAAACGCACUAAGACCGGCUAGAAUUGGAAAUAUUUCAGACAGGGUGUUGAUUCUUAAAAGACCAAAAAGCACGGAAAUGUGGUUAAAGAAUUGAGGCUGUUUUAGUGGCUGUUAAAGACAUUAUUUCAAUAUGAGUGUUAGUUCAUCAAGAUACCCGCUUAUUCGCAUCAGCAAGACAGGAGAAAUGAGGCUGAAGAACAAGGUUGGAAAUGCAAUACUCAAGGAAAAUGCCUACGAAGAUCGAGCACUCAGCACGCGCUUGGACGAGUUAUCUAAACAUCAAUUCAGGCAAGAUAAAUACAUGACUUAUAGACAGCUUGAAUUUGCCACAAAGCAGGUUUCGGCGUCAGAAGAACGACCCCGAACGCUAAAUGGACAAGAAGGCAUCAAACAGGUUCAACAAAAUGUCGAUAAUGGCGAACAGUUACCCCCGAUAGAUACACGAGGAAGAUCAAAUAUCGUAGCUUCGAAUUUAGAAGCGUGUCGCACAAAUCCAAGCGGGGAAUUAGUUGGAAAUGAUAAAGCAAAAGGACGUUGGGAAAAGGCAAUAACUCUUGUUCGAUUAGCGGUGCAAAAUAGGCCGUCGCAGAAAGGCAGCGCAAAGCCGUUGUCAAGUCCUAGGAGAAAAAUAUCUGGAAAUAAACACGUCGAUGUACACGCGAGCGACACGCCGGAUCGACAUCAGUUACCACCAAUUCACGGAAACGAGGGAAUACUUAGGGAACCGUUAGGGUCUUCAAAGAGAAAGCCACCGCUUCGAAAACAGCCGAGUUUACCAGAAAUGCUCAGAGUCUCUCGAGAAAAAACUCAAAAAUGCCUUGAGGAUCCGAGGUUCAUGAAACUCGAGCAGUGUUUAAGCGAGACAAAGGAUCAUCCAGAAUCGAUCAGACGACCCAGAAAAAAUUCAAGAACAAAACGAGCUUCUUCGGACAGAAUUCGCGACAUGUACAAUAAUAAUAAUUUCAGCUAAAAAGGCAUUUGGAGAGGAACUCGACUAUGACUGAACUUAAAAUUAUAAAUUAUUCAGAUCAUACACAGCUGUAUACAUGAAAAAAGAAGCUUAAAAUCUAAAGAAAACAAACUACUGAGUUCUCGUUCGAAUUUAUUUGAAACGCGCUCUGUACAAAAAUAUACGUAUGGUGAUUGAAAUGAUUGGUAAUACAAUAAAAUUAUGAGCCACAACCUUUUUCCUUAACUGCAUAUGCUAACCCACAUGCAAGAAACUUGCGUAAAUAUAUGUGUAUAUAUAUAUAGUCAUAUAUUCAAGUAUUAUUUAUGUUAAUCUUGACACAUAAUUUUUAAGUUUAAAAACAAAUUAAAAGUAUGGAUUUGAUGUGGGUAACUCGUUCCAUUCCAAUUCAUUUCCCAUUGACAACCAAAAAGUGGAUUUUAAUUUUCAAGUCACGUCUCUAAGGAAGAGAUCAUGCAAAAAAACAUCUGUCAGUUAUCAAAAGGUAUAUACACUUAUUUAUUCGUAUAGAUAGAUUAUUUUGUUUCGGUAAUUAACAAUUUAAAAGAACAAUUUAAAACAAAUAUAUAGUUUGGCAUCAACAG